AUGGAUGGAAAACGGGCGGUGGUGACCCUUCACCCUCUCAGCCUGUCUGAUCCCAUCCCAUACCGUUCUUUGACCUUUACAUCCGACUCGGAUCAUGUCGAAAUCGGUCGUGCUUCCAAGCGUGAGGCAAAGAAUCUCGCUCCCACCCACAAGAAUGGCCUUUUUGACUCGCGGGUCAUGUCAAGAAAUCAUGCGAACAUCCGGGCAUGCUUGGACAAGAAGGUUGUCUACAUCUCCGAUGGUGGAUCUAUGCACGGCACCCGCCUAAAUGGCAAGAAACUGUCCGUCGACCAGGAAGUCCCGAUUAAAACGGGCGAUCAAGUGGUUUUUGGCACCGAGGUUACUCGUGGCCAUGACACCUAUCCUCCCUUGUCAGUUCGCUGUGAAUGUCAAUGGUUUGGUUUUGAGGAAAACAAACCUGCAUCAACUAGCAACGCCGAUAGACCUAAAGUAGCCACCAACACGUUUUGUGUACCUGAUGAUGAUGAUGACGACGACGACGACGAUGAUGUUCAAGUCAUCGACAAACCGGCGCCAGUGGUAUCCACGGUGGAGAGUAGCUCUGGGUCUGAGGAAGGUUCAGAUGAUGGAUCGGUUGUUGAAGUCUCCUCUCCGAAAACCACCCCUCUUAAGGACAUCGAUGGCGAAAUUCGUGAUGGCUCGAAGCAGACGCCUAUUGAGGUCGAUAAUGAGCAUAACGAACAACCCCUUGCGACCCCCAGAAUGACACCUUCCUCGAAUGAGGGCGCCAUUGCAGAUGCAGAUGGUGAAACCCGAGAUCAGCUGGGUGAGAGCAGUAACUCCGAGCCUGAUUCCAUGCUGGAUUACUCUGAAGGCGAUUUGGCCUCUCAGUCGGACGAUGAGGAGUCUGAAUCAGACGAAGAGUCAAUGUCUGACUCGUCCUUUGAAUCCGAUAUUGAACUGUCAGAUGCAGAUGGUUACUCCGUGACCGUGCAGAUCCCAUCAUUCCCAGAGAGUCGAAAGCUAUCACAAGCCGAUGACCCUAGUGGUAAGACAGAGAAUGCGAUAUGCCAUUCGAACGGUCAAGGGGAACAUGCCCCGGGCCAAAAAGCGGAUGGCGCCGGCGAUCUGCUGCGAAACCGUCCUCAUGGAGACGGCACCGCUGAGCUGCCUGAAAUCCGCGGGGAUGCCAUGAGCUCGAACCCACAAACUGUCUUAGAACCUGUCUUAGAGCCCGAGGUGGCCCCCAAACCGAAUCCUUCCGCUUGGUCGUCUAGUCAUCAACUGUAUGCGAAUACCCAUCUCCAUCUGCAGCCAUAUGGCAAAAUCUUUGAUCACUCACUCACCGGAUUCCAUUCCAACAGCUUUGGCGGAGGAUUCCCCGGAUGGCCAUCGCGUGGCAGCCUCCCUGUCAACUAUCAAUAUGCCCAGCCAAGGAAUGAGCUGAGACUCAAUGAUUUGCCCCUCAAUGAGAUCUACAGGCCCGGUUCCUAUUACAGUGAUGGGCCUUUUGCCCGCCAGCUGAACGUACCAACGGUAGCUGCCGGUGAACUAGGCCCUAGACCUGAGCUAGAUACAAAUGCCGCGGCAACAGAUACCACUGGAAACGGAGGAAUCUCAGAAGACUACAGCGGCGAACGAAACACUCACCCCAGACCAGACAGCCGCCUGAGAAUAUCCGACAUCGUUUCGUUACCUCAAAUCCCCCCACAAAAGCCUCCCCGAAAGCGAAAGGUAGCGGACAUGGAGGAAAACAGUCCAAUGGAUUUCCCACCACCACUGCUUCACGACACACCCACUUUCGAUUACAACGCUUCGCAGGAGGACCAGAAUGCCGGGAUUGGACUUGAAGAAUCCUCUCUUCCCGAUGCCCAGCCACAGCUUGACCCAAGCGGCAUGGGAGAGACUUACACGCAACUCACUACCAUAGAUGCGACCAAGUCGGCACCUUCGAUCGAUGACCUGGUCUCUCCUGAGCCACAGAAUGAGCGACCAUCCAAGCGGCCGAAGACAUCCGAGGCGUCGAAGAUUAGAAGCCAUGCGGCUACCGCAGUGGUUAGUGCGAUGAUAGGGGCUGUUGGUACCGUCGCUUUGUUGGCUUCCCUCCCCUCUGAUUACUUCAUUUAG